AUGGAUUCUGCCUCGAUUAUAUGGGAUAAUCAACAAACUAUAAUGUUUGAGGAAGGAUUGAUAAAAAGGAAGACUUCUUGGUUUAAAUAAUUAUUCUUUAUAUAUGUAUAUCCUAUAAUGAAUGUAAUUUAUUGAAUUUAAAUGUUAUUAGAAAGCUAAUAAGUAGGGAUUAGAUGAAAGUCUAAUUAAUGAAUUGGAAUCUUAGCAAUAAUCAUAUUAUAGACAUCAACGUUUUUCUGAACAUUUAAAACUAAAUCAAAAGGACAAUUUAGUUGAUUUGAUAUUGAAAUAUUAUUUAUGUACGUUAUUUGUUGAUAACCAUAGAGUAUUUUUUGAAAGGAUUUUUGAUUUAAUUAGUAGUACUUUUUAGUCAAUUAGCAAUGCCAUUAUUAACUAAAUAUAUUAUUGAAUUUAUUUAUGAAUCAAAUAAGGAUUAUCAUUAAGCUUUAUUACUUAUUUUCCUUGUAUUAGUAUUGAGAAUAAUAAAUUUAUUAUCAAUGUCUCAUUCCAGAUUCAUUAUGGUAAAAAUAGUAUAUAUCAAUAAGAAAAUCUAUGGAUAUGAUAUUAUGUCAGUGAUUAGUUUAGAAAUUAUGAAUAAAUGUCUUAAAAUAUCAUUAUUGAGUAAUCCUGAAAGAUCUAUAGGAGAAAUUACUAAUUUGAUUUAAGUUGAUGUUCAGCGACUUAUUUAGGUACCCAAUAAUGUUGUAAAUAUUAUUAUUAUCCCAAUACAAUUAUGUAAUUAUUAUUAUUAAAUUAGGUAUUAUAUUGAUAUACAUUUAUAAAGAAAUUGGUAUUUCAGUAAUAGUAGGAAUAGUUAUUAUUAUUUUUAGUAUAAUUUAAAACAAUUAUGUUGGAAAAUAAAUUGUUAAAGCAUAAAAGUAAGUCUUAAAGUCUAAGGAUAAUAGAGUCAAAGAAACAACAGAAGUUUUUUAGUUAAUUAAAUUUAUUAAGAUAAACGCUUUGGAAUAAUUUUUUCUAUAAAAAAUCUAUAAAUUAAGAGAGAUUGAAUUAAAAUGUAUAUAAAAUAGAUUGAAAUACUUUUCAAUAAAUGUAUUUAUAGGUUGGUUAUCUCCUUAAAUGAUUUUAAGCUUUACUUUUGGAUUAUAUGUAUUAUUGGGAAAUUAACUAAUUCCUAGUAAGACUUUUCCUAUAAUUGGAUUAUUGUCAAUUUUAGCAGCAAGUCUUUAAUUGUUGCCAAUUUCAUUAAAUGAUCUCUUAGAAACAAAAGUAUCUUUGAAAAGAAUAUAAAAUUUCUUAAAUGACAAAGAGUAAAUGAAUGAAAUAUAUUCCUAUACCAAUAAGGCUGCAUAUUCAGCUUUGGAGAUUAUUCAAGGAAACUUUUUCUGGAGAAAGGAAUGCAAUUAAGAGUAAUAAAUCUUAAAGAAUAUUAAUAUAAGUGUGGAGAAAGGGAAGUUUGUAUCUAUAAUUGGAGAUGUUGGAUCUGGAAAAUCUUCUUUGAUUUAAAGCCUUUUAGGAGAAAUGAUCUACAAGAUUGAUGAUUUUAAACCAAAAAUAAAUAUAUCAGGUCAAAUUGCAUAUGUAGGAUAGAAAGCAUGGAUUUAAAAUGCUACAGUUUAAGAAAAUAUUCUGUUUGGUAAACCAUUUGAAGAGAAAUUAUAUGAAUAAUCAAUUAAAUAUUCAUGUCUCAGUCUGGAUUUAGAAAUAUUAAUUCAUGGAGAUCAAACUAUGAUUGGAGAGAAAGGAAUCAAUUUAUCUGGAGGACAAAAGGCUAGAAUAAGUUUAGCAAGAGCUAUUUAUAGUAAAGCAGAAAUCUUCUUAUUAGAUGAUCCAUUAAGUGCUGUUGAUGCUUAAGUUGGUAAUUUCAUAUUGAAGGAAUGUUUUAUCAAUUUAUUAAAAGGUAAAACAAGAAUUUUAAUUACUCAUGCAUUAAAUUAUUGUAAAUAUACAGAUUAUAUUUAUUUAAUGUAAAAAGGAGAAAUCAUAGAAUAAGGAGAUUAUUAGAAAAUGUAGAAUAAUGUAAUAUAUCAAGAAAUAGAAAAGAAAUUUGAAUUUGAUAUUUAAGAAUAAGAGAUCUAAGAGUAUACUUAAAAUACUAAUAUUUAAUUGGUUAAUGAAAAAGAUAUUGAAUAAAAUUAAGAAUAACUUAGUAAUAUCAAUAAAAAUAAAUCUGAUUUAAUGACUGUGGAAGAAAGAAAGAAAGGAGAAAUCGAUUCAGAAGUAUAUGUUAAAUAUUUAUAAUACAAAAAGAAUUUAAUUUAUUAAUCUAUCCUAUUUAUUAUUAUGUUAAUUUGGAUUAUCUCUUAAAUUAUGGCUAAUUUAUGGGUAACUGAAUGGACUAAUAAAUAUGCUUCAUUAGGAGAUCAUUAUAACGAAAUCACUUACUUUUUGGUGUUUUUAAUACUAGGAUUUAUUCAAUCAUUUUUUGCCUAUUUAAGAGCUCUUAUGAUUGUAUCAUAAAGUAUAAAAUCUUCUUCCAAAAUUCACAAUGAUAUGAUUAAAUGCUUAAUGUUUGCACCUCAAUGUUAAUUCUUUGAAAGAGUACCACUUGGUAGAAUCAUGAAUAGAUUAACUAAAGAUAUUAAUUCUCUAGAUGUUGAAAUACAUGUUAAUAUUGCAUAAUUUUCAACAAAGAUAAGUUAAAUACUCAGCAAUAAUUUAUUAAGUAUUUAUGUUAGUACUUACUUACUCAUUUUCCCUUUAAUUAUCUUCUUUUAUAUAUGCUUGAAAAUCUAAAGAUUAUACAUGAAAGCCAGUAGAGAACUUCAAAGAUUAGAACUCAUCAGUCGAAGUCCAAUUCUUAGUUAUUUUACUUAAUCUUUGAUGGGAUUAACAACUAUUAGAGCUUACUCUCAAUAGGAAUUUGUAAUGAAGGAAUUUGCUUAGAAAUUAGAUCAUAAUAAAUAGAUAGUCAAUUAUUCAACUGCAGCUAGUUCUUGGUUUCUAUAAGUUUUAGGAUUUGCUAGUCUAAUAGUAAAUACAUUUGCAAUUGGUUAUUGCAUCUUAUUCACAAGUAAUCCUUCUUUUGCAGGGUUGAUAUUAACAUUUGCUGCUAGUUUGGAUAGAAAUGUGUAAUAAACUGUUGAUUCUUUAAGUUUGUUAGAAAAUAAUAUGAUAUCUUUUGAGAGAUGUUUAGAAUACACUAAAAUAGAAUCAGAAAAUCUGACAGAAAUUAAAACUGUAGAAUAAUCGUGGCCUAAUUAAGGGCGAAUUAAAUUUAUUAAUUAUUCAGUUAAUUACAGAAGCAAUCUUCCAUUAGUUCUUAGAAAUUUAUGUUUAUCAAUUAAUUCUCAAGAGAAGAUAGGUAUAGUAGGAAGAACUGGUGCUGGGAAAUCAUCUAUAACUCUUAGUAUUUUAAGAAUACUAGAAGCUAUAUAAGGUAGUAUUGAAAUUGAUGAUGUUGAUAUCUCAAAAGUAUAAAUAUAAAGAUUGAGAUCAUCUAUCACUACUAUACUUUAAGAUCCAGUUAUUUUUACUGGUACAAUCAGAUAAAACUUAGAUCCUUUGGAUAGAUGUAGUGAUGAAGAAAUAAUGAAGGUGAUUGAAGAAUGUUGUUUAUUGUAAUUGAUUAAUGAUAGGAAUGGAUUAAAUACUUAAAUAAAUGAAGGAGGCGAUAAUAUGAGUGCAGGUGAAAAAUAAUUGAUUUGUAUUGCAAGAGCAAUAUUGAAGAAAAGCAAAAUAGUUUUGAUUGAUGAAGCUACAGCCAAUAUUGAUAUAGAUACUGAAUAAAAAAUAUAAUAAUCUAUCCUUAGAUUAUUUAAGGAUCAUACAGUAAUUACUAUAGCACAUCGUAUUAAUACUAUUUUGCAUUGUGAUAAGUAAAUAUUUAGAUAUAUAUUUAAUAAAGAAUUGUUGUAAUGAGCAAAGGAGAAGUAAAGGAGUUUGGAUCACCAAGUGAUUUAUUAAAUGAUAAAUCGUCUUUAUUUUAUGAGGUCUAUCAAGAGGCAAUGAAUCAUAAAUGA